AUGACACAGCUUGGUGCGGGACAGGCGCAGGAUAUCUUGGUUCGGAGUGACACAGGGCGGGAAGAAAACAAACCUGCGCAUCAUGUUGGCUCAUACAUGCAAAAGGAGGGUGGCUCAGAACAUUUUAGUCACAAUGAACAUAUGGUGCAUAAAAAGACACAAUUUGUUUUAGAGACUAAAAUCCAUCCGCGAAAUAAUGAUGAUUUGGCUGGUACAUCGUCACUUAAUGAUGAAAUUGAAAGAAGCCAACUUUUAUUUCGUCAAUAUGCUAGAAGUAAAUAUUUACCGAAAUCGAGACAUAAGAGGGAUGUCAAUGUUCAAAAUUCUUCGGGGGAAACCACGGAUUACUUUGAAAGUACGACACUGGGGCAAGCAUCGACCACCGACGUCUCCUAUCGGAGGGGUAACACAAAUGAAACGACGCCCACAACAACAACUGAGCCAAACUCUACGAUGGAGGGGACCAUUGAAACUACCGAGACAGCUUCUACGACAGAGGUGAAUACUCAAACAACUGAGCCAACCUUGACGAGAGAGAAGAUCACUGAAACAAAUCAGCCAACUUCUACCACAGAGGCGAUUACUGAAACAACGGAACCAAAGUCUAUGACAGAGGAGAUUUCUGAAACAACCGAGUUAACUUCUACAAUAGAGAAGACUUUUGAAACAGCCGAGCCAACUUCUACCACAGAAGGGAUUACUGAAACAACCGAACCAACCUCUACGACAGAGGAGAUUGCUGAAACAACAGAGCCUGCCUCUACGACUGAGGAGAUUGCUAAAACACUCGGGCCAACCUCUACGACACAGGAGACUACUGAAACAAUCGAGCCAACGACAGCAACAGAGGAGACUACUGACAUAACAGAGCUAACCUCUACGGAAGAGGGUACUGCUGAGACAGUCGAGCCAACCUCUACAAUGAAAGAGAUGAUUGAAACACUUGAGGCAACCUCUACGACAGAGGGUACUACUGAAACAGCGGAGCCAACCUCUACGACGGAAGAGAUGAUUGAAACACCUGAGGCUACCUCUACGACAGAGGGUACUACUGAAAUAGCUGAGCCAACCUCUACGACGGAAGAGAUUACGACAGAGGAGACUACUGAAACAACCGGACCAGCCUCUACAACAGAGGACACAACAGUAACAACUGAGCCUACCUCCACAACGGAGGAUACCACUGAAACAGCCGAGCCAACCUCUAGGACGGAAGAUGUUACGACAGGGGAGACAACCGGACCAGAUUCUACAACAGAGGACACUACAGUAACAAUUGAGCCGACGUCUGCGACAGAGGAGACUACUGUAACAGCCGAGUCAACCUCAAAGACAGAGGAUACCACUGAAACAGACGAGCCGACCUCUGCGGCAGAGGAGACUACAAUAACUGAGCCUACCUCUACAACGGAGAGUACUAUUGAGAAAGCUGAGCCAACCUCUACGACGGAAGAGAUUACGACAGAGGAGACUAGUGGAACAACCGAGCUAACCUCUACAACAGAGGACACUACAAUAACUGAGCCUACCUCUACAACGGAGGAUAUCACUGAAACAACCGAGACAACCUCUACAACGGAGAGUACUAUUGAGAAAGCUGAGCCAACCUCUACGACGGAAGAGAUUACGACAGAGGAGACUACUGAAACAACUGGAUCAGCCUCUACAACGGAAGACACUACAGUAACAACUGAGCCGACGUCUACUACAGAGGAUAUCACUGAAACAGCCGAAACAACCUCUACAACGGAGAGUACUGCUGAGAAAGCCGAGCCAACCUCUACGACGGAAGAGAUUACGACAGAGGAGACUACUGAAACAACUGGAUCAGCCUCUACAACGGAAGACACUACAGUAACAACUGAGCCGACGUCUACUACAGAGGAUACCACUGAAACAGCCGACCCAACCUCUGCGGCAGAGGAGACUAGCGAAACAACCGAGCUAACCUCUACAACAGAGGACACUACAGUAACAACUGAGCCUAGCUCUACAACGGAGGAUAUCACUGAAACAACCCAGACAACCUCUACAACGGAGAGUACUACUGAGAAAGCUGAGCCAACCUCUACGACGGAAGAGAUUACGACAGAGGAGACUACUGAAACAACCGGACCAGCCUCUGUAACGGAGGACACUACAGAAACAACUGAGCCUACCUCUACAACAGAGGAGCCUACUGUAACAACCCAGCCAACCUCUACAACGAAGGACACUACAGUAACAACUGAGCCGACGUCUACUACAGAGGAUACCACUGAAACAGCCGAGCCAACCUCUGCGGCAGAGGAGACUAGUGAAACAACCGAGCUAACUUCUACAACAGAGGACACUACAGUAACAACUGAGCCUACCUCUACAACGGAGGAUAUCACUGAAACAGCCGAGCCAUCCACUACGACGGAGAGUACUACUGACAAAGCUGAGCCAACGUCAACGACGGAAGAGAUUACGAUAGUGGAGACUACUGAAACAACCGGACCAACCUCUACAACGGAGGACACUACAGAAACAACUGAGUCGACCUCUACGACGGAGGAUAUCACUGAAACAGCUGAGCCAACCUCUACGAUAUUUGGUGCUACUGAGAAAGCCGAACCAACCUCUACGACGGAAGACAUUACGAGAGAGGAGACUACUGAAACAACUGGAUCAGCCUCUACAACGGAAGACACUACAGUAACAACUGAGCCGACGUCUACUACAGAGGAUAUCACUGAAACAGCCGAAACAACCUCUACAACGGAGAGUACUGCUGAGAAAGCCGAGCCAACCUCUACGACGGAAGAGAUUACGACAAAGGAGACUACUGAAACAACCGGACCAGCCUCUACAACAGAGGACACUACAGUAACAACUGAGCCGACGUCUACUACAGAGGAUACCACUGAAACAGCCGAGCCAACCUCUGCGGCAGAGGAGACUGGUGAAACAACCGAGCUAACCUCUAAAACAGAGGACACUACAAUAACUGAGCCUACCUCUACAACGGAGGAUAUCACUGAAACAACCGAGACAACCUCUACAACGGAGAGUACUAUUGAGAAAGCUGAGCCAACCUCUACGACGGAAGAGAUUACGACAGAGGAGACUACUGAAACAACAGGACCAGCCUCUACAACGGAAGACACUACAGUAACAACUGAGCCAACCUCUACAACAGAAGAGAUUACGACAGAGGAGACUACUGAAACAACCGGACCAGCCUCUACAACGGAGGACACUACAGUAACAACUGAGCCGACGUCUACUACAGAGGAUAUCACUGAAACACCCGAAACAACCUCUACAACGGAGAGUACUGCUGAGAAAGCCGAGCCAACCUCUACGACGGAAGAGAUUACGACAGAGGAGACUACUGAAACAACCGGACCAACCUCUACAACGGAGGACACUACAAUAACUGAGCCGACGUCUACUACAGAGGAUACCACUGAAACAGCCGAGCCAACUUCUGCGGCAGAGGAGACUAGUGAAACGACCGAGCUAACCUCUACAACAGAGGACACUACAGUAACAACCGAGACAACCUCUACAACGGAAAGUACCACUGAGAAAGCCGAGCCAACCUCUACAACAGAAGAGAUUACGACAGAGGAGACUACUGAAACAACCGGACCAGCCUCUACAACGGAGGACACUACAGUAACAACUGAGCCGACGUCUAAUACAGAGGAUAUCACUGAAACACCCGAAACAACCUCUACAACGGAGAGUACUACUGAGAAAGCCGAGCCAAACUCUACGUCGGAAGAGAUUACGACAGAGGAGACUACUGAAACAACCGGACCAGCCUCUACAACAGCGGACACUACAGCAACAACUGAGCCUACCUCUACAACAGAGGAUAUCACUGAAAAAGCUGAGCCAACCUCUACAACGGAAGAGAUUACGACAGAGGAGACUACUGAAACAACCGGACCAGCCUCUACAACGGAGGACACUACACUAACAACUGAGCUGACGUCUACUACAGAGGAUAUCACUGAAACACCCGAAACAACCUCUACAACGGAGAGUACUACUGAGAAAGCCGAGCCAACCUCUACGUCGGAAGAGAUUAGGACAGAGGAGACUACUAAAACAACCGGACCAGCCUCUACAACGGAGGACACUACAUUAACAACUGAGCCUAUCUCUACGACGGAAGAUAUUACGACAGAGGACACUUCUGAAACAACCGGACCAGCCUUUACAACGGAGGACACCACAUUAACAGCUGAGCCUGCUUCCACAGCAGAGGAGACUAAUGUAACAACCGAGCAAACCUCUACGACUGAGGAUACAACUGAAACAGCCGAGACAACCUCAACGACAGAAGAGAUUACUGAAAGUGCCGAGCCAACCUCUGCGGCAGAGGAGACUAGUGAGACAACCGAGCUAACCUAUACGACAGAGAGUACUACUGAGAAAGCUGAGUCAACCUCUACAACGGAAGAGAUCACGACUGAGGAGACUACUGAAACAACCGGGCCAGCCUCUACAACAGAGGACACUACAGUUACAACUGAGCCUACCUCUACAACGAAGGAUACCACUGGAACAGCCGAGCCAUCCACUACGACAGAGAAUACUACUGACAAAGCUGAGCCAACGUCAACGACGGAAGAGAUUACGACAGAGGAGACUACUGAAACAACCGGACCAGCCUCUACAACGGAGGACACUACAGUAACAACUGAGCCGACGUCUACUACAGAGGAUACCACUGAAACAGCCGAGCCAACCUCUGCGGCAGAGGAGACUAGUGAAACAACCGGACCAACCUCUACAACAGAGGACACUACAGUAACAACUGAGCCUACCUCUACAACGGAGGAUAUCACUGAAACAACCCAGACAACCUCUACAACGGAGAGUACUACUGAGAAAGCUGAGCCAACCUCUACGACGGAAGAGAUUACGACAGAGGAGACUACUGAAACAACCAGACCAGCCUCUGUAACGGAGGACACUACAGAAACAACUGAGCCUACCUCUACAACAGAGGAGCCUACUGUAACAACCCAGCCAACCUCUACAACGAAGGACACUACAGUAACAACUGAGCCGACGUCUACUACAGAGGAUACCACUGAAACAGCCGAGCCAACCUCUGCGGCAGAGGGGACUAGUGAAACAACCGAGCUAACUUCUACAACAGAGGACACUACAGUAACAACUGAGCCUACCUCUACAACGGAGGAUAUCACUGAAACAGCCGAGCCAUCCACUACGACAGAGAGUACUACUGACAAAGCUGAGCCAACGUCAACGACGGAAGAGAUUACGAUAGUGGAGACUACUGAAACAACCGGACCAACCUCUACAACGGAGGACACUACAGAAACAACUGAGUCGACCUCUACGACGGAGGAUAUCACUGAAACAGCUGAGCCAACCUCUACGCUAUUGGGUGCUACUGAGAAAGCCGAACCAACCUCUACGACGGAAGACAUUACAAGAGAGGAGACUACUGAAACAACUGGAUCAGCCUCUACAACGGAAGACACUACAGUAACAACUGAGCCGACGUCUACUACAGAGGAUAUCACUGAAACAGCCGAAACAACCUCUACAACGGAGAGUACUGCUGAGAAAGCCGAGCCAACCUCUACGACGGAAGAGAUUACGACAGAGGAGACUACUGAAACAACCGGACCAGCCUCUACAACGGAGGACACUACAGUAACAACUGAGCCGACGUCUACUACAGAGGAUACCACUGAAACAGCCGAGCCAACCUCUGCGGCAGAGGAGACUGGUGAAACAACCGAGCUAACCUCUACAACAGAGGACACUACAAUAACUGAGCCUAGCUCUACAACGGAGGAUAUCACUGAAACAACCCAGACAACCUCUACAACGGAGAGUACUACUGAGAAAGCUGAGCCAACCUCUACGACGGAAGAGAUUACGACAGAGGAGACUACUGAAACAACCGGACCAGCCUCUGUAACGGAGGACACUACAGAAACAACUGAGCCUACCUCUACAACAGAGGAGCCUACUGUAACAACCCAGCCAACCUCUACAACGAAGGACACUACAGUAACAACUGAGCCGACGUCUACUACAGAGGAUACCACUGAAACAGCCGAGCCAACCUCUGCGGCAGAGGAGACUAGUGAAACAACCGAGCUAACUUCUACAACAGAGGACACUACAGUAACAACUGAGCCUACCUCUACAACGGAGGAUAUCACUGAAACAGCCGAGCCAUCCACUACGACAGAGAGUACUACUGACAAAGCUGAGCCAACGUCAACGACGGAAGAGAUUACGAUAGUGGAGACUACUGAAACAACCGGACCAACCUCUACAACGGAGGACACUACAGAAACAACUGAGCCUACCUCUACGACGGAGGAUAUCACUGAAACAGCUGAGCCAACCUCUACGAUAUUGGGUGCUACUGAGAAAGCCGAACCAACCUCUACGACGGUAGACAUUACGAGAGAGGAGACUACUGAAACAACCGGACCAGCCUCUACAACAGAGGACGCUGCAGCAACAACUGAGCCUACCUCUACAACGGAGGAUACCACUGAAACAGCCGAGCCAACCUCUACAACAGAGGAUAUCACUGAAACAGCCGAGCCAUCCUCAACGACAGAAGCUAUUAUUGAAACACCUGAGCCAACCUCUGCGACCGAGGAAACUAUUGUAUCAACCGAGCCAAACUCUACGAAAGAGGGUACCACUGCAACAACCGAGGAAUCCUCUAUGACGGAUGAGAUUAUGACAGAGGAGACUAUCGAAAUAACCGGACCAGCCUCUACAACAGAGGACACAACAGUAACAACUGAGCCUACCUCUACAACAGAGGAUACCACUGAAACAGCCGACCCUACCUUUACAACGGAGGAUAUCACUGAAACAGCCGAGCCAACCUCUACGACAGAAAGUACUACUGAAAAAGCCGAGCCAACCUCUACGAUAUUGGGAACUACUGAGAAAGCUGAGCCAACCUCAACGACGGAAGAGAUUACGACAGAGGAGACUACUGAAACAACCGGACCAGCCUCUACAACAGAGGAUACCACUGAAACAACUGAGCCGACCUCUACAACGGAGGAUAUCACUGAAACAGCCGAGCCAACCUCAAUGACAGAGAGUACUACUGAGAAAGGUGAGCCAAUCUCAACGACGGAAGAGAUUACGACCGCGAGUUCUACUGAUACAGCCAAGCCAACCUCUACGACAGAAGCUAUUAUUGAAACACCUGAGCCAACCUCUGCGACAGAGGAAAUUACUGAAACGAAGGACAUAACCCAAACCCCUGAGCCCUCCUCUACGACAGAGGAGAUUUUUGAAACCACUGAGGACCCAACCUCUACGACUGAUGAGAUAACUGAAACAACCGAGCCAACCACAAUGACCGAGGAGACUGCUGAAACAACUGAGCCAACCUUUAUGAGAGAGGAGACUACUGAAACAACUGAGUCAGCAUCUACACCAGCAGCGGUUGCUGAAACGAUUGUUCCUGCCGUCGAAAUAAGUUCAACAAGUGAACCAGGUACUGAGGAGGUCACGGAAAUAUCGGAGACAACCUCUUCUACAGUGGUGGUUGUGGCAAUAUCCGAGACCACUUCCACCGCAGAAACAGACACAACCCCUGAAACAAAAAUUGUGACUACCACGACUAGUACGACUAAGGAACUGACAGACGAGCCAUCUGAGGAAGUCGAUCAGAACUCAAAGGAAGUCGGUGAAGCUCAGUUAGUUGAGGUUAGUAUUAGCAUACGGAGUGAAAAACCGUACAACACAGAAUGGAACAACGUGGACUCGCCCGCAUGGAAGAGAGAGGCAGCGCUUUUUGAAGACGCGACGUGUCCAAACUUCAAACGAUCUAAGGGAUGCACUGUUAAAAAAAUCAGUAAGGGCAGUACCGUUUAUGACCUCGGCCUUACUUUCAACACCACUAAUCUGAAUGCUACCAUGGAGGAGGUCAGAGGCAGUGGCGGGAACAUAACGAGCUACGAUGGCUAUGCGGUCACCAGCAGCGGUGAGUGA